AUGCGCAGAGAUUCGACUGCCAGCACUGCUACACUCCCUCCGUUGGACUACCUUCAUGCCAGUCCGAUCAGAGGCCAACUAGAGCCCUCAGAUGAGGUCACAAAAAAAACCGGCUGGCGUUUUCUCCAGUGCACAGACACUCCAAAUGAGCUCAAAGUACUUUUACCUCCCCGCACAGCUCAGCUAUACGCCCGCCUGCUCAAAUCUGAGAAAUCUGAGCUCGCCAAAAAGUCCAAUGCAUCUUGGGACCGUAUCCUCGAAAUACGGCACCUCAAGGAUAGGAUGAUUAGAAAAUGCCAGAGACUUGCUCGUUCCUAUUCCGCCAGCAGGCCUUCUGCAAAGGCCCCCUUCUAUUUUAGAUUAAAAGAGAUGGAGAACAAGACGAUGCCCAUGGGCAACUCUAUCCGCCCACGUAAUUCAUUCUGCUGUGAUCGCUGCACAAAUAUGGUUCCUCAUCAGCACACCAUAUCUCGUCGACCAUCCACCCAAUCCACCCACUCCCGGGCUCUUCCGGCAUCUCCUCGACGCGCUCGCUCCUCCAAGGCGAGUUCUGUUCAAAGCGAUCAUAAACCUUCUCCCAGUCAUUCGCAUCAUCAAAGUCAAUUAUACGAAAGCCGGGUCCACGAAAGUAGUGUACACCAGGAGGCCAGGGAUAACCAAAACAUGUUCGAUGAUAGUAGCAGUACUCAGGAGAGCAGGAUCCGAGACACCAGCAAUAUCCGCAUGCGACAAAACAAGCACUCCAGGAGUAUGUCGAAAUCACGCGCACUAUGCACGUCAUUCCUGAAGCAUCAGAAGUCGGUACCGAUCACAGCACGGUGUCGGCCAGCAAACUUAUCGAUCAUUUCGCCGGAUCCAUUGCCUCACCCAUACAAUGGUUCGACUUCAGCGGUUUUCUUGAACAUGGUCGAGAGCCCCGUAGAUGUUCCUCAAGUGCAGAACGCUGAACCUUUCUAUGUUCGUAUCACGCAAGAUGAGGGCGUAGGCACACCUCCUUCCGAAGACGAACCUACCAGCGAUUCCCCUCCCCAGCCGAAUACACUUCGCAGACGCAGUAGCCUCAAACGCAGCAGCAAUGAUCUGCGUGUGAGUAUGGCGUUCUCCGCCAAGACCGUAUCCUGGGCGAUGGACCGCGACUGGGCCGAUCAAGUUUCAAAGUAUUACGCUGCGGCGGGUGAAAUCGAGCAUGCUGACCGAGAAUGGAAUGCUAUUUGUGCGACUUAUCAUGAAGAACUUGCUGGCAUGAAGGCUCUACGUCGAAAUGUCACGCAGACCCUGGCCAGGUUACGCUUGGAGGCAGAGAAGCUACAACGCGAAGACGAGCAACUCGAGCAGAAACAUGGACAGUAUCGAGAAAAGGUUAAAGCUGUUCUAGAAGAGACCGAACAGGUUCUUACAUUGUGUGGCACCAAACGAGAUUCUUAA